AUGGCUUCAGGCGAGCUAGACUCUGGCGUGGUUGAUGAGGACGAGCUCGACGAGGUCGCAGACAUUUCCGACCUUGCCCCAGACUCAGCCGAGGCCGCCGCAGCUGAAGUGGAGGCUGCAUCGGCCACGUCCAAAGAUGACGAGGCUGAGCAGGCGGUCGAGACGGCCCCCAGCAGCCCGAGAGAUGCCAACGACGCUUCUGCGAAUGUGCGCGCGGAAGACGUGCCAGAAGACAAGGAUUCCCCGGCAGCGUCCAAAGGUGACGGUGGCUUCCGGGAAGAGGUCUCCGGCUCGGAUGCCUUGCAGCUCGACGGUGCGGGCGAGGUGGCCUCAGCUCUGGCAGCGAUGAUGUCCGCCGUUGGUGGCCUCCAAAAGUCGAUUGGAUCCUUGGAGGAAGUGGAGCUUCCCAUCGACAGCGCGCCGCUGGCGCUGGAGGAGAAGGCUAUGAGACAUUAG